GAUUUGCACGUGGUCAGAGAGUAUUUGGCGGUAUUGGUUGUGUUAUGAUUGGUUGUCCUUAAAGGCAGAAAGGGAAAGACACGAGGAAAUAGUGAGGAUGGCACACACUCUGUCGUCAGAGGUUCCAAUCAUUAACAACUCUACAAAGACUAUUUGUAUCAUUGACGAAGAAGAUUACCGGCGAAUGACUCAUCUAGCAGCGGAGCUAAGAAAAGCAAGAGGAAACAUCUUUUCUGAGUUGUCUUCGAAUGAGAAGGGUAUAGAGAUGGUUUUGAGGAGUGGAAGGAAACUUGGUUCGUGUUCCACUAACAAAGUGGGCUGUCGUUCGAAAAGAGCUUGUUUGAAGAGAAAGAGAGCGGAUGACUGGAAUUUACAUCGUUGCAGCGGAAACUGUAUAGCCAGCUGUGGAAAGUUUGUGAAGCAAGGCAGUUUUUGUGGGUUUAAUACUCUCCCAAAAGACUUACUUUUUCACAUAUGCAGCUUUCUUACUGAUUUUUUGGAUAUUGUUCGUUUACGUCGAACUUGUAGGAGUUUUCGAGAAAUUUUCUCGAGUAAUCUCUUGUUUCCAAAACUUGAUUUCGGAAAUUGUAGAUAUCUGGACGACAACAUGUUACUGUCUUUCUUGAGCUCGUCAUUUUUACCGUUUAAAGCGAGGUUCGAACAAAUUAUUCUCUCCAAAUGUCAUCGGUUAAGUAGUCGAAGUAUUCUGCGACUUUUCGAAUGUACUUUAGAAGAUACAACGGAACAUUUGGAUAUUCGAUGGUGUACAGAGUUGGAUGAGUCUAUUACAGAGAAGCUUUCAAAGUUGUUGAAAUUGAAGACCUUGCUUAUGUCUCACACUCGUCGUAUUUCUGCUGUGUAUUUACCGAGCAUAUUUGAGAGCUUGCACAGUCUUAGAGUUGUGGAUCUUUCUUUUACUAGUUGCAAUCGAGAAGUCUUGUUUCAGUUAAAUUGUAAAUAUCUUUCAGUUUUAAAAUUGCAAGGUAUCUCCGACGUUGACGAUGAAGUGGUAGAUAUACUUUCCCAACGAUUGCAAAUGAUAGAGAAGCUUGAUCUUUCCUGGUGUCCAAAUGUUGGUAGUCGUUCUUUAUUUUCCAUCGCAUCGCGCUGUAAUAUGUUACAAGAAAUAGGGUUAUCUGAAACGAAAGUAUCAGAUGACGGUCUGUGUGAAUUGAUGCGGUCGUGUCCCAGAAUCAAUAGUAUUCAAGCUUCACGUUGUUCUCGUAUUCGGGAUUCUUUUGUACAGUUUAUUGUCGAUAACAUUGUUUUGAGGGAACGACUAACGAGUCUUGAUAUCUCAUCUUGUCAUAAUAUAUCUGAUACAGUAGUUGAAGAAUUGCUUAAACAAUGUAGAAACUUGAGAUUUGUGGAUGUUUCCAAGUUACCCUCUCGGAAGAUAUCUUGUUCAACCAUAUGUGCAUUGCGAAGGAGAAAUGUAGAAAUUCUCUUUUAAUAAAGUGGCAUUGAGUUUUGAAGAAUAUGACACAUUCCUGUUGAAUACUUUAUAUUUUCCUUGGAUCUCCUUCAAAUGUUCAUAUUCCCACUGUGAUACUCUGGCUGCUGUUGUUGCAAUUCUGUUUUCAUAAAAGUCAAUGAGAUUUC